GCUUGCUAGGCACCAUACCCAUACUCUUUGCUUGUUAAUAUCCACCACGCCUAGCUACCGAGAUCAUGUCGUCUCAGCCGGAUUCGAACCCGAAUUUAAAGACCCAGCUAAAUGACAUCCAGGCGCAAUUUCGCAGCCUCAGCCGCCGCGCGCCAUCUGACUCCGAAAGUGACCCCAGUGACGAGGAAAUACCAUUGCCAGCGGCCAGAGAAGAUGCGCCCAUGUUCCAGGAGUCGUCCGAUCAGGCAGACUUUCUCAAACGCAUGAGCGGCGCCAAUAGGCGCGUGUCAAUGCCCAUCAUUCCAUCGCCGGGCCACACAGCAAUCGCUCUGUCGGCCCCUGCCAUCGGUGCUGGGUCUUCCAGCGAUAACAGGGGUAACGAGAUGAACUUUGUGAUUGGCUUGUCAGACUCUUUGCUCGCGGAGUCACGCCGCUUGACGUACGAAAACCAGCGCUUGAAGGCGCAGUGGACAAAGGCGUCGCAAGAGGCUGAAGAGGCCCAGACACAGCUCAAGGCCGUGCGUGCAAGCCACCAGAGGGCGGUCACGGCUGAGGAGCGGAUGAAGGAGAAAAACUGGGAGUUGGAGACGGCGUUACAGAACAUUCACGAAAACUUUGGCGCGGUGAAGCUGGCCCGGGACAAGCUCCAGGCCACCCACGAACGCCAAUUGAGCGCCUUGAGCGCGUCUAAACUGGAGGCCGAUGCGUUAAAGGCCGAUACCUUGAAAGCCAACGCAGACAUCAAAACGCUCAAGGCCUCGGCUGCUCAGGAGGUGAAGGCGUUGAAGGCACAAGUGGAUGCGUUGAACGAUGAAAACGACGCAUUGCACAAGAAGGUGUCAGACUGGAAGGAGCUCGCCGAAACCAAGUCACAGCCAGCUACUGUCCCGGUGCUGGCUCCGCCAGAUUUGUCGUACUACGACUUUGACGAGGAUGUUGAUAUUGACGAGCUUUUGAGCCAGCCACCACCAUCGCCAACCAGGAAAGCCUCCCGCAACCAGGCAUUGGAGACCGAAACGUUACAGGCGUCGUUACAGCACUCGCACAAAAUUAUCAUCAAAUACCGCAGUGCGUUAUUGAAACAGAAGAUCGAGAAGGAGGACUUGGAAAAGAAAUUGCUAGGUGCGCAAAUCUCGGGUGACACGUCCUCCAUCAAGCGGGGCCAUCGAUCCACCAAGAAAGAACUCCAGACCCCGACCCACACCUCCGCUGUGCUUUUGCCAAACACGCUGGCCAAGAAGUUCAAUGUCUCACUGGACUUUGAGUUCGAUGACGGCGACAAGAACUGGGAGUUCUACAAUGAUAAGGGGACUAAGGUGGUUAAUUCGUCCUCGGAAUCGGAGUCUGAUUUUGAGUUCGAGGCGCGCAAGCCGUUGUCCGCCGAGUUGCGUGGCGCCGCGGUUGUCGUGGAGCGCGCUGACGUGGAGGAGUACGCCGCAAAGCACGACAUUAAGCUCGUUCUGAGCGCCGACUUUGCGAAAUUCGAGGCUAAUUAUAAGACGAAGGACGGCUUGUUAUACAGCGCCGGUCAGCUCGGCUUGACCGUCAUCCCGCAGGAGCAGUACAACACGUUGGCCUUCCCGUCUGAACAGCAGCUCGUGGAAAAGUUGAAGGAGUACAAUCUAGUGGCUGUGGCGGCUGCCCAAUAUACGAAGAUGAAGGCUAUUGCCGAAGCUCCUUCGAAGCAAUUCAUUCUCGACAGGGCUGCCUCCCAUGGUUUGGUCGCUAUCCCGACCUCUGAGUACGCUGAACUUAAGUCUACGGCCGAAACUCCAUCAAGCGAGUUCAUCACUAAGCAUGCUUCCUCUCACAAAUUGGUUGCCUUGCCUGUGACGGAGCAUUCUCAGCUCAAGUCCCUCGCGGAGUCUCCAUCCGAGAAGACCAUCCGUGACAACGCCGCUUCCCACGGCUUGGUGGCCAUUCCUUCGGCUAAACACGCCGAGUUAUUGCACUCCCUCUCGCAUCCAAGUAUCGACUACCUCAGGUCCAACGCCGAGAACAACUCGUUUGUGCUUUUACCAAAGGAAGAGCAUAGUAGUUUGAUAGCAUCUGCCACUGCUUACGCCCAGCCGUCCCAAUCCUACAUCGAAACCAGUGCCGCUACUCUUGGUCUUGUCCUCGUACCAUCUGCGGAACAUGCCAAAAUGAAGGACGUGGUGGAGCAAUUCAACCACCCGGCGGAGUUUGUCUCCCAGUACUGCGAGAACGAAGGGUUGGUGCUUUUGAGCACCGACGAGCACUCAGGGCUCAAAUCCAUUGUCUCAGAACACGAAGCACCUUCUCGUGAGUACCUUUUGGCGCAUGCGGAAUCCCGCCAAUUAAUCGCUAUCGAUACCUCCGAUUUCGACCAGUUAAAACAAUCUGCUGAACACUACGAUCAUCCAACGGAGGACUAUAUCAGGGACAGGGCAACCGAGUUUGGUAUGACUGUCUUGCCGCUGACGGAGUUGGCCCGCUUGAAGGCAGAGAUUGACCGUUUGACCGACCCAACAGAGGAAGACUUGCUCAUGAAGUUGCUGACGAAGGGCUUUGUGUCGUUGCCGUUAGACCAGCACUCCAAGCUCCAAGCGCUUGCUGACCAGUACGCCAACCCGGCCGAGGAGUACAUUCUUGAGAAAGCUUCCCAGUAUGGAUUUGCCACUGUGGUUGCGUCUGAUUAUCAGUCCAUGUUGAGCCAGCUUGAACUGCCAUCCGCAGACUUUAUUGUUUCCAAGGCCUCCGCCUUGGGCCUCACCACAGUUCCGCAGGCCGGGCUUGACGACUUACACUCUGAGCUUGAGAGAGAGCACGCUCAACUCGUAGGAAUUCAGUCGGAGCUUGCGGUCUCCCAGUCCCAACUUACAGGGUUGCAGAAGGAACACGACUCUAUGGUUUCUAAGCUCGAGAGUCCGUCUGUAGAAUACUUGCAAGCAAAGGCUGCGGCGAUGGAGUUGAGCUUGUUGCCUACGGCUGAGCAUGAGAAAAUGGUCGACGAGAUGGCCCAUCCAUCGCACGAGUAUCUUACGGCAAAGUCCCAGUUGCACGGCUGUGUGGUGUUGUCGGCCAAGGAUCACUCAGAGUUACGUGAGCUUGCGCACAACCCUGACCAGGAUCAUCUCUCCUCCAAGGCUUCCCUACACGGCCUAAUGACUUUGCCGGUCGAAGAUCAUGCCGCUUUAGUCAGACAGAUUGAGUCUCCGGACGCUGAGUAUAUCAAGGCCAAGGCUAAUGACCACGGUUUGAUCGCCGUCGAUUCCUCAAAGUACUCGACUUUAGUGCAAAACACCGAGAAUCCAAGUCCAGAGUUCGCGGAUGCCAUCUCAAAGAAGAUGGGCCUUGUGAUUCUCCUGAAGAGCGAUCACCACAAUCUUUCCGAAAGAGCGCAUAAUCCAACAGCAGAAAUGCUUACAUCGAGGGCCCAGGAGUUGAACAUGGUUGCCGUUCCAAAAUCCGAAUACAACGCCUUACAAUCCAAGGCCGAACAUCCUACGCUUAAGCAUAUUGCUGAAAUGGCCCACUCGAAUGACCACGUUUUGUUGCCCGCUGAUGAACACCAGAGCCUCACUCUGCAGAUCAAGUUUCCCUCCUUGGCGUACAUUGUUGAGCACGCAACAUCUCAGGGCCAGACGGUGCUUCCAACCCCUGACCAUGUAUCUUUGUUGGCCCAAAUUGAGAACCCUACUUCCGAUUAUAUUUCCCUGAAGGCUCUGUCUGUUGGCUUACUUGCUUUGAAGAAGGCUGAAUACGAAGCGAUGGUUGAUAAGCUCGAACAUCCUUCUUUGCAGUACAUCGAGACCAACUGCAAGGCCCAGAACUUGGUUCCAUUGACGGCUGAGGAGCACGCUGAGCUUGUUGCAAAGGCAGAAGCUCCCUCUAAGCAGCAUAUUACUGAAAAGGCCGCUCUGCUUGGCUUAGUCACCCUUGAUACGUCCGCUCACGAUGCUUUGUUGCACCAGAUUUCCAAGCCAACUAGGGAAUACGUCAUUUCCCACUCUGACUCACAUAACCUCGUUGCUUUAGAGAAAAAGGACCACGCGACUUUGGUCGAGAAGGCAGACUCUCCGUCCGCCGAACAUAUCACCGAGAAGGCUGCUUUACUUGGUUUGGUUACGCUUGAUGAGAACAGCCAUGCAGAGUUGUUGGGUCGGGCUAACGCGCCAUCCUUGGACAAGCUUCAGUCCCGUGCGGUUGAACUUGGCCAUGUUGUGGUGCACAAGUCAGACCACGACGACUUGGUCUCCAAGGUCCACCAUCCCUCCCAGGAUUAUGUCACUUCGGUGGCUACCGGUCUUGGGUUGGUUGCUAUUGACCUGGAUCAGUUCAGUAGGAUGAUCGACACAGAGGCUAUUGACAGCUCAAACAUCCACGAUUGGGCAAUGCCGCUUGGUUUAGUCGCCUUACCUUCUGAGGUGCACACCAAGCUUCUUCAUGACGCAUCCCACCCAUCGGAUGAACUUAUUGAAACGCUUGUAGAUGCCAAGGGCCUGUUGAUUGUAUCGAAACACGACUAUAACACCCUACAGGAGGAUUUACUUCAUCCAAGUAAGUCCUACCUUGAGACUAAGGCGUCCGACAUCGGUCUUGUGGUGACGGAUAGAGAGGUGUACGGUGAAAUGGAGAGAGCACUUCACUCUCCGACAUCUGCUGAGGUAAUGGAAGCCGGGCAGAAGCUCGGCUUGACUGUUUUAGAAGACGGCGAGUACGCGACAUUGCUCGCAACGACAACCACCCCUACGGUGGAGCAUAUCAAAGAGAAACUGGCAGUUCUUGAUUUGGUGGUGUUGAACCAAGGAGAUUACCGUACUCUUGAGACCAACGCUAUUUCUUCGGAGCCUAGACUUCGCGAAUUAGCAGAUACCUUGGGCUUUGCUGUUACGGAUGCUGCUGUUUACGAGGCCAUGAUUGCCAGGCUUGAGCAUCCAUCCGAGGAAGAGGUUGCUGCCCUGGCUGCCAAGAUUGACCUCGCUGUCGUGUCAAACGCUGAGUUGAAUGGGUUGAGACAGUCUCUUUCGGCUCCGACAGUGGAGUACUUGACGGAAAAGUCGAAAAGCUGUGGCAUGGUGGUGCUUCCAACCCAUGAGCAUGACGCUCUUCUUUCGAAGAUAGAGGCUCCGUCCCGCGAGUACUUGUUUGAGAAGGCACUGGCGGCCCAGCUUGUGGUUCUCGACCAGGAUGACCACGAAACACUUGUUAAAGACGCCCAAAACCCAAGCGCUGACCAUUUGAAGGCCAAGGCUGUUGCGGCAGGCUUUGCAUUGUUGGCAGCUACGGAGCACAAGAGCUUGAUGUCCAGAGCCGCAGAGCCUCCGAAGGAUGUGGUGACCGAAUCGGCCCAGCAUUACGGGUUGGUUGCGGUUGACAAGUACGAGUAUGACGAUUUGUUGGAAAGGGCCAACCGCCCCUCCUUGAAGCACUUGACCGAAAAGGCAAGCGACUCUGACCACGUUGUGGUCGAAAAGGCCGAGUUCAACAGCUUGAUGACCAGACUUGAGAACCCUUCCAGGGCUUACAUUGUACAGAAUGCCAAGACCCUUGAUAUGGCAGUGUUAGACAAGACCGUUUACGCCGAAUUGGUUGAUAAGGCUGAGUCUCCUUCUGUUGACCACAUCACUACUAGUGCGGAUGUCCGUGGUAUGGUUGUUUUGCCAAAGAGUACCCACGAAGAGUUGAUGGCGACUGCCAACUCCCCAUCAGUGGACCAUGUGACCGCCAAGGCUACCGGUCUUGGAUUGGUGGUGUUGUCUAAGGAGGCACACGCUGAGCUACAGAAGAAUGCUGAUGAUCCAUCGGUUGACCAUCUUACCUUCAAGGCAGAAGCUGCUGGUCACGUUUUGUUGCCUAAGGAAGUCCACGAGGAGUUGUUGGCCAAGGCCGACGCCCCAUCACUUGACCACAUCCGUGCUAAGGCCACUGAACUUGGUGUAGUUGUGUUGCCAAAUGACACGCAUGCCGAGUUGUUGGAGCAAAUCAACUCCCCGUCGGCUGACUAUGUCACUUCCAAGGCUGCUGAUCUUGGCUUGGUGGUGUUGCCAGAGCACAUACACACCGGUAUGUUGCACCAGAUUGACUCUCCAAGCGCUGAGCAUAUCCACUCUAAGGCCGCUGGCCUUGGGUUGGUUGCUUUGACAGAGGAGGCUCAUGAGGUUUUACUUGCCAACGCUGAGUCUCCGUCCAUAGACCGUGUUAUUUCUAAGGCCACUGCUCUUGACCACGUUGUCUUGACAAAGGAGACGCACACCGAGUUGGUUGAUCUCGCCCACUCUCCUUCGAGUGAGCAUGUAACUACGAAGGCAGAAGCGCUUGGCUUGGUGGCGUUGUCUAAGGAUGAGCAUACUGCGCUUGUAGACCAAGUUGAUUCUCCGUCGGUUGAAUACUUGACGUCCAAGGCGGAUGCCGCUGGGUUGACCGUGUUACCAAAGGAUGAGCAUACUGCACUCUUGAACCAAGUUGAUUCUCCAUCGGUUGAAUACUUGACGUCCAAGGCGGAUGCUGCCGGGUUUACCGUGUUACCAAAGGAUGAGCAUACUGCGCUUGUGAGCCAAGUUGAUUCUCCGUCGGUCGAGCAUGUAACUACGAAGGCAGAAGCGCUUGGCUUGGUGGCGUUGUCUAAGGAUGAGCAUACUGCGCUUGUGGACCAAGUUGAUUCUCCGUUGGUUGAAUACUUGACGUCCAAGGCGGAUGCCGCUGGAUUGACUGUGUUACCAAAGGAUGAGCAUACUGCACUCUUGAACCAAGUUGAUUCUCCGUCGGUCGAGCAUGUAACUGCGAAGGCAGAAGCGCUUGGUUUAGUGGCGUUGCCUAAGGAAGCUCACGCUGAGUUGCAGAUGAAUACCGAUGCCCCAUCCGUGGAGCACCUUACUGCCAAAGCAAAUGCUUCUGGCUAUGUUGUUUUGCCCAAGGAAGUCCACAGUGACUUGGUCCUCCAUGCUGACUCUCCAUCGGUCGAUCGUAUUACAGCAAAGGCAGCCGAUCUUGGCUAUGUUGUGAUAGCAAAGACGACUCACGAUAAGUUACAGGAAAAUGCUGAUACCCCAUCGGUCGAACACAUCUCUUCCAAGGCUGACACUGCCGGGUUAGUUGUAUUAUCCAAGGAAGCCCACAAAGGAUUGAAGACUAACGCUGACUCACCUUCCGCGGAGCACAUCACGUCCAAGGCCACUGACCUCGGACUUGUCGUGUUACUGAAAAACGACUAUGAUGCGAUGAAAAGCCAGAUCGAUUCCCCGUCAGCUGACCAUGUUUCUUCCAUGGCUGCCGCUCUUGGUAUGGUGGUGUUGGCGGACGAAGCCCACUCUGAAUUGGCAUCCAAGGCUGAUGCUCCGACUAUCGACCACAUCACCUCCAAGGCUGCUGCACUUGGCCAUGUCGUCUUGUCCGGGACAGAACACUCGAAUUUGGUUGGCCAUGCCACUGCGCCUUCAGCUGACCAUGUCACCUCGAAGGCCCAUGCCCUUGGCCUUGCAGUCAUGCCGAUGGAAGUCCACGACGAAUUAGUCUCCAACAGUGACUCGCCAUCUGUGGAACACAUCACGGCCAAGGCUGCCGCACUUGGGUUGGUUGUCUUGCCAAAGCAGGACCACGAAGCGUUGGUAGCACAGGCCGAUUCGCCAUCGGUAGACCACCUCACCGAGAAGGCAGAAACUUUGGGCUCAGUCAUUAUACCAAAGGCUGAACACGAAGAGUUGCUUGCUACAGUCUCCACUCCUUCUGUCGAGCACAUAUCUGAGAAGGCGGCCACUCUUGGCAUGGUUGUAAUGACCCAGGAUGACUACAAAAUGUUGGCUUCCAAGGCAGAGGCUCCUACGGCUGAGCAUCUUAGCUCUAAGGCUGAUGAUCUUGGUAUGGUUGUCUUGCAGAAGGAUGCACACGCUGUGUUGAUGGGCCAGGCUGAAUCUCCAUCAGUAGAGCACGUCACUUCGAAGGCUGAGGCUCUCGGAUUGGUGGUUUUGCCAGCGGAAGCCCACUCCGACUUGCUACAGCAAGUGGAAUCUCCGACUGCCGAGUACCUUUCAGCGAAAGCUGAGGGUCUUGAGUUGGUUACCGUUCCCAAAGAAGCCCACGAGGCAUUGGUUGCCCAGGCCCACGCUCCAUCGUUGGAGCAUUUGACUGAGAGGGCUGCUGCUGUCGGUAUGACUGUCUUACCACUCGCCGCUCACUCUGAGUUAGUCUCCAAGGCCGAUUCACCGAACAUUGAUCAUAUCACUGAGAAGGCAGCUACGUUAGGUAUGUCUCUCGUGCCGAAGGAUGAGUACACUGGUGUGUUGCACCAGAUGCAGUCUCCAACUGUUGAAUACCUCACGGAUAAGGCCGGUGCUGCCGGCUACGUUAUGAUAGAGAAGGAGUCACACAAUGCUUUAGUAGAUAAAGUGGAUAAUCCAUCCUUCCAGCACCUUUCUGACAAGGCUGAUACUAUUGGUAUGGUGGUUUUAGCCAAGGAAGAGCACGCUGAUUUGGUCUCCAAGGCUGAAUCUCCCUCUGCGGAUCACCUUAUGCUGAAGGCAGAUACUGUUGGCUUGGUCGCAUUAUCAAAGGAGGCUCACUCUCAGUUGGUCUCCAAGGCAGAUGCUCCGUCUUUAAACCACCUCAUCGAGAAGGCGGAAACUUUGGGCUCAGUCAUUUUACCAAAGGCUGAACAUGAAGAGUUGCUUACUAAGGUUACAUCUCCUUCUGUCGAGCACUUAUCUGAGAAGGCGGCCGCUCUUGGCUUGGUCGUCUUGUCAGAGGAUAACCACAAGGUAUUGUCUGCGAAUGCUGACUCGCCAUCUGUGGAACACGUCACGGCCAAGGCUGCCGCACUUGGGUUGGUUGUCUUGCCAAAGCAGGACCACGAAGCGUUGGUAGCACAGGCCGAUUCGCCAUCGGUAGACCACCUCACCGAGAAGGCAGAAACUUUGGGCUCAGUCAUUAUACCAAAGGCUGAACACGAAGAGUUGCUUGCUACAGUCUCCACUCCUUCUGUCGAGCACAUAUCUGAGAAGGCGGCCACUCUUGGCAUGGUUGUAAUGACCCAGGAUGACUAUAAAACAUUGUCUUCCAAGGCAGAGGCUCCUACGGCUGAGCAUCUUAGCUCUAAGGCUGAUGAUCUUGGUAUGGUUGUCUUGCAGAAGGAUGCACACGCUGCGUUGAUGGACCAGGCUGAAUCUCCCUCUGCGGAUCACCUCAUGCUGAAGGCAGAUUCUGUUGGCUUGGUUGCAUUAUCAAAGGAAACCCACUCUGACUUGGUCUCUAAGGCUGCUUCUCCGUCGAUCGAGCACAUCACUGAAAAGGCCAAAGAAAGUGGAUAUGUCUUGUUGUCCGAUGAGGCUCAUUCCGGUUUGGUCUCCAAGGCUGAAUCUCCGUCUCUUGCGCACAUCUCUUCCAUGGCCGCUGCGCUAGGUUUAGUGGUUUUGACCGACGAUAAACACUCGGAGUUGGUUAGGGCCAAGGAGACGACCGCGAACAUGACAGUGGACGACAUUUCGGCAGCAGCCAUGUCCUUAGGCUACGUAUUGAUCUCUCAAUCCCCCCUGUCCUCGGACCUUGAGCCGCUUGCUGCCAAGUUGAAUCUGGCAUUGGUUCCGCUUAGUGGUGAGAAGUCGCUCGAAGCGCUCAAGCGGAUGGCACAGGAUAAAUCGUUGGUGAUGGUGAAGCAGGAAAAAUUUGAAAAGAUGAAGCAACUUGUACUGGAGCCUACCGCGGAGGAUGUUUCUUCCUUCGGUCAGAAGCUUGGGCUUGUUGUGGUGAGUGAGGAAGAGUUUGCGAACAUGGAGGAGCUUUCGAAGCGGUCUCAGGAGCCUCUGGUGGAAGAUUUGACCGCAAACGCCUCCAAGUUUGGCAUGCGACUCCUUCCUGUUGCGGAGUACGAACAGCUCUUGACUCUCGCAAAGUCUCCUCCGAUCGAGCUUGUGCACGACCAUUGCGCGCUGUACUCGUUACAGGCCUUGCCUGCUAGACAAAUUCAGGAACUCCAGAGGUUGUCCACGCUGCCUUCCGAGGCCGAGAUCAAGCUGAUGGCGCAAAAGUCGGGCAUGGUGGUGCUCAGCCGUGUGGAGAACGAGCUUCUCGUGCUCAGAGCCGCGGAGCCAGACCAAAAGACGGUGACGGCUCGUGCGCUCGCCUUCGGGUUGGUUACCAUUCCGAAAACCGAGUACACCGCACUCACCAAGGCUGUGAACCUCUCCCGGUCUGACUUGGAAACCCACGCUGUUAAGAAUGGCUUGGUUGUGUUGGCCCAGGAAGAAUACGCAGUGCUCAAGCAGAAGUCGUUGGUGGUGGAGAAACCGCAAGGAAAGGUGAUGAAUAGCAAGUUGCACUACGAGGAGCUUGCGCGCCUCGACGCCCAGCCGGCGCAGAAGGAGAAAGUGAUGGACUCUGCGAGAUCGCUCGGAUACGUUCCUGUUCCGGCUGCCGAGUAUAAGCGCUUGCUCGAGUCUAACAAGUACGAGCCGACGAUCAGCGACAUCUACAACGGUGCCAAGACCUUUAACUUGACGGUCUUGCCGGUGGAUGAAUACAAGAAGCUUUUGGCGAAGCGUGACGCUACCGGCUUAACUGCCGACGAGUUGCGCUCCCACGCGUUAUCUCUUGGGUUAUCACUCGUACCAUUCAGUGCGGGCUCCGGGGUCCUCGGGAUUUCCAGAAUUAGUGGCAACGGCUCUCAGGUGACGUUUACAGAUGAUGAAGAGUUUGAGGAUGCUGACGAGUUCUUAUCCCCGGAGAUUGCAGCGAACAGAGAUCUGGUGGGUAGUUUGACCGAAGUUCAUGUCAGAGGUCUCUCUGUUGAAGAGCCCGAAGCCACAGAGGAGGUAAUUGAAGACAAGUCUGCCGAUGAAGCCGAGAUAACUGUGACCGAUGAAACUUCCAGCCUGGUGAAGACCGGUUCUAGAGAUACUCUCGGUGGGGUUACCGACUCGGCUUCUACUGAUAUUGCGAGGAUGACGGAGGCUUUGGGUCUCCACGGUUUAGGUGUUGUUCCAUUGAACGAUGUUACAGUUGAAAAGGCUGCUAUGGAUGUUGACUUACUUCGUGAGCGGGCUGCCAGCUUGGGUUUUGCGUUGAUUGCCAAGUCGGAAACCAAGGCUGAGAGUGAAGAAGGUCAAAAGGAAGUUGAGGGUGAAGAGGAUGUGAAGGAGGUUGAGGAUGAAGCGGAUGUGAGGGAGGUUGAAGAUAAUGGUGAAGGCAAAAUUGACGCUCAGACGUCUACUGAGGUCAGUGAACUGAACUUGGUCGUUAUUCCAGUGGAUACAACGACUGCUUUGGAAUCUCCUCAUGCAGUAUUAGAGUCCAGAGAACUGUUGGCGACCCACGCUGACACUCUCGGUCUCUCGCUCAUAUCCAAGGAGGAUGAGACCUACUUGGCUGUGCUCAAGCAGAGGCUCGCCUCCGGCGAGUUGAAGCCAGAACAGCCUGGUAUGGUGCUGGUUCCUGAGAUUGAGCUCCAGACUCUCCAGAGCCAGACGGUGGUGGGUGUCGAAGGCUUGCGCUCCCGUGCCGCUGAGUACGGCUUGUCUGUCUUGCCUGCUGAUGAGGCAAUUCGCUUAAGUAGUUUCGCCGAAUCAGAUCAAUCGGCGGUUGAAAAUAGGGCUGCGGAGCUUGGGUUGUCGGUCAUUACUGCUUCCCAGCUCUCUACCCUUCAAGAGGCCAACACCCACGAAGGUGUUUCGAGAAUGGCUUCAGGGUUUGGCCUUACAGUGCUCUCAGGCGAAGAGAUGGAGGAAUUGACGAGAACGAUCCGCAGUGAUGCCUCCAAGGAUAGAGGCUUUAUUAUCCAGAGUUCUCCAGGCCACGGUUUGGCAGUCAUUCCGACAGCUGAGUUGGAGGAGAUGAGAAGCAGUCUUGCACAGAAGAACGCAGAAGAAGCUAUGGUAAGAGAGAAGGCCAUGGACAGAGAGACUGUGAAUCAGCCUGCUUCGCCGCUUGGCCCUAUGGCAAUUGACUCUUCGGAGCGGCCGCCAAAGUCCCAAGACAUCACCCCAGACGUGUUGGCCGCCAGGGCUGCUGAGCUUGGUUUGGCAGUGGUGCCACACACGACAAUCGCUCAGUACGAAAAGACUGCCAUCAAUCUCCAGCGCCGGUCGUACAUCAGUGACGCUGCCAAGACGUUUGGUUUGCUUUGCAUCCCAGAGAAAUCGUUCGUGGCAACGACAGUCUCGCGGGUGCCGGACCCGGAGAAUGUGGUGGUGUUACCAAACACCUACUACAACAAGCUUGUAAAGCACGAGUCACUCUCCAUUGAGAAGAUCUCGGAGGCUGAAUUUGUAAAAUACGCCGAAAAGAGAGGGUUCGUGAAGGCUGGCGAGGAGAAGACGACUGCCAUGCAUACGCCUGAAAUGAGGGAUACCGGUGCAUUUGAGAGCCAAGACGGCGAGGGCUUCCAAUCGCUAGCCAAGUUCACGCCGCCAGCCCCCGUGGGUCGCAGCCGUGGCUCCCCAUCGCACAGUUCCUCGAAGAGCAAUAAUUUUGCGCUUCCGGAGGGCCGUCAGCUCGGGAUGUCGCCAUCCAUGCCAUUCUCAAUGGCCACCAGUGUGUCGCUUAACGAGAUGAAUAUGAUUCCAGCGCUCACACAGGUGAUUAUCGGUGAGUACUUAUACAAGUACUACCGUCGUAUUGGUUCGCUCAGUGCGAUCUCCGACUCACGCCACGAGCGUUUCUUCUGGAUUCACCCGUACAGUUUGACGUUGUAUUGGUCCACCACCAACCCGGUCUUGGGUAACCCAGCUGAGACCAAGAUCAAGGGUGCCGCAAUCAUCAGCGUGGUGAGUGUGGACGACAACAAUCCGUUGCCGCCAGGCUUGUUCCACAAGUCGAUCAUCAUUGGGACCCAGAAGAAGGCCAUCAAGUUAACCUGUCCGAACCGACACCGCCACAAUAUAUGGUACAACUCGUUGAAGUAUUUGAUCCAGAGAAGCACCGAUGGUCUUUCCUGGGAUGGCGAGUUUGGCAGUUUACACGAGUACGGCAAUAACGACGAGCAGAUGGACUUCUUCCAGGAAGGCCGCCAGGUCCAGCCCCACGUUGGUUCUACCAAGCGCCGUACUGUCAGCAGUCGCACCUUUCCGUCUGGUUCUCUGCAAAACCUCGGUAGACACUCCAGUGUCAUUGCCUCGCCAAAGCGAUAAGGGUGAAGUGAUUGUAUAUUAGUUUUUGUG